GCUGUCUCUCGACAUCUCCAUUUCGUCCUCAUGGCUAGAUGAAAGUCACGUUUUAAAAUCACAACAUUUCUUAUUUUCUUUACUGUUCUUCGAUUCGAUAUCGUGUUCAGAAAAUAUUUUUAAAUCAUUAAAGGGUCAAAAAACGUGACCUCCAACUCUUACUGUUACAUAACCACCAUGAAAGCCAUCAUCUUCAUAUUCGUUUGUGGUUUAACAGCAACGAUUAUUGCAGUUCUUUUGCAAGUCCUGGUUCCAAAAAUAGUGGACUCUCAAUUGAAAAAGAACCUUGUUAUCAAAGAUGAUAACUCCUUGAGGUUCAAGCAGUGGAAAAGUCCAACAUUGCCAGUGAGAAUCAAAUUCUUUGUCUUCAAUAUCACCAAUGGUCCUGACAUAAAGAAAGGCAAACGUCCCUCGUUGCAGCAGAGAGGUCCUUAUGUCUACAGAGAAUACAUGGAUAAAAAGAAUAUUUCAUUCAACGGUUCAGAACCAAUGGUUUCUUACGAUCAGGAAAAGUGGUUUAUAUUUAAAAAGGACGAGUCAUGCGUGACAUGUGACCCUCACAACGACAUAAUUACCACGAUCAAUGCACCAUAUGUCAUCAUGKCUGAGGUUGCAAACACCUACUCUGGCCUUGCCAAAUUUGUGAUCAAUUUAAUGCUAGCUGAGGAAAAGGAAAAAUUGCUGAUGACCAAAACAGUUCAUGAAAUAAUAUGGGGUUACAACGACCCUCUUUUUGAAGCUUUCGCGAAAUGGCGGAAAAAGUAUAACCUCUUUUUCAUACCAGAAAUAGAUCCCUUCAUGAAUUAUCAGCCAAACAAUACGUACGAUGGUUUUGUUUCUGUAAAUACUGGUGCAAAUGAUAUUUCUAAGGUUGGUGUUUGGGAAAUGUGGAGAGGAAAAAACAGCCUUAAUAUAUGGAAAACAAAGUAUGCGAAUAUGUUUAAUGGAAGUGAUGGGACACAAUUUCCACCAGGCGUUGCUCGCGACCAAACAUUAUACUUUUUCUCACCAAACCUAUGUCGUUCUGUCUAUAUCAAUUACAACCGCAAGCACCAGUUAAAAGGAAUUGAUGUAUUACGAUUCACAACACCAAAGGAAUUAUUUCAAAAUAGUACCSAGAACCCAGAUAAUGCUGCCUUUUGCCAUCAGCACUGCUAUCCCAAUGGCAUUCUCAGUGGGACCAAGCCAGACUGUCAGCCGAGUAAGACAGAGUCCCCAAUUGUUGUCUCAACACCUCAUUUCCURUAUGGUGGUCCAACUAUAAGAGAUAGUGUGGAAGGUCUUAAACCUGAUAAAGAAAAACAUGGUCUUUUCAUUUCAAUUGAGCCACUAACUGGCAUUCCCUUACAGGCCUUGAUUCGACUU